CCCCACGAUACCUGCGCCUACCCACGAAUCCCGUUGUUUUCUCACGAGACCGCCCCUCCCCAGCUGGCCCCUCCUUUUCAACCAGUUGAGCACACCGACGCAAUGGAUAACAACAUGGAAAUCGAUACUGCGCGGUCCCCCGAGCCACACCACUUGUCGCCAACAAGCGACCCUGGGUCCAUACCGACUUUGGACGGCUGGAUCGAGAGUUUGAUGACUUGCAAGCAAUUAGCGGAAGAAGACGUGCGACGGCUGUGCGAUCGGGCAAGAGAGGUAUUGCAGGAGGAAUCCAAUGUGCAGCCAGUGAAAUGCCCAGUGACAGUCUGCGGUGACAUACACGGACAGUUCCAUGACUUAAUGGAGCUUUUCCGCAUUGGCGGUCCUAAUCCGGAUACAAACUACCUCUUCAUGGGUGACUACGUCGACCGUGGUUACUACUCAGUUGAGACAGUGACCCUCCUGGUCUCCCUGAAGAUCCGUUACCCGCAGCGUAUUACGAUCCUUCGUGGAAACCACGAGUCCCGACAGAUCACACAGGUCUACGGAUUCUAUGACGAAUGUCUCCGCAAAUACGGCAAUGCCAACGUGUGGAAAUACUUCACCGACCUUUUCGACUACCUCCCCCUUACUGCUCUCAUCGAAAACCAGAUUUUCUGUCUUCACGGUGGACUGAGUCCAUCCAUUGACACUCUCGACAACAUCCGGUCGCUUGAUCGCAUCCAAGAAGUUCCCCACGAGGGUCCCAUGUGUGACUUGCUCUGGAGUGAUCCUGAUGACCGAUGCGGAUGGGGAAUCUCUCCCCGUGGUGCUGGAUACACAUUCGGACAGGACAUUUCCGAGGCAUUCAACCACAACAAUGGCUUGACUCUUGUGGCACGUGCCCAUCAAUUGGUGAUGGAGGGAUAUAACUGGUCACAGGAUCGGAACGUCGUCACUAUUUUCUCAGCACCAAAUUACUGUUAUCGCUGCGGCAACCAGGCCGCCAUUAUGGAGAUUGACGAGCAUUUGAAAUACACAUUCCUACAAUUCGACCCCUGCCCCCGAGCGGGAGAACCUAUGGUAUCGAGGCGCACACCUGACUAUUUCCUUUGAUAGACUUCAUCUUUGUCCUGCGAGAGGCAAUUGGACUGGCGGAGAAUGGAGGUUGCAAUCG